UGGAGGGGGAGGCCCCGGACCCUCCAGAGGCGGCCAGCAGCGCAGCAGAUGCUUGUAAGAAUGGCAGCAUUAUUCCCGUCACUACUACGUUAUUUCCGGAUAGAGUGGUUAUAAUACUGGGAAAGAAGACUGAUGACUUAAGCAGCUACUAUGAGAGAUUACUCACUUAUGUAACAACAACAUUCUGGGAAAGAAACAGUUUCAACAUUUCUGGGAUUUGGCUAACCUGCUUUUACAAAAUGAAUCGGUACACAACCAUGAGGCAGCUUGGGGACGGAACAUAUGGCAGCGUGUUGAUGGGGAAGAGCAAUGAAUCAGGGGAGCUUGUGGCCAUCAAAAGAAUGAAACGGAAGUUCUACUCUUGGGAUGAAUGUAUGAACCUGAGAGAAGUCAAGUCUCUGAAAAAACUUAAUCAUGCCAAUGUGAUAAAGCUGAAGGAAGUUAUUCGAGAGAAUGACCAUCUUUAUUUUGUCUUUGAAUAUAUGAAGGAAAAUCUCUAUCAGCUAAUGAAAGAUAGAAAUAAGUUGUUCCCUGAGUCUGUCAUCAGGAACAUUAUGUAUCAAAUAUUACAAGGUUUAGCUUUUAUCCAUAAACAUGGAUUUUUCCAUCGGGAUAUGAAGCCUGAAAACCUUCUCUGUAUGGGUCCAGAACUUGUUAAAAUAGCUGAUUUUGGAUUGGCUAGAGAACUAAGAUCGCAGCCUCCAUAUACUGAUUAUGUAUCCACCAGAUGGUACCGUGCCCCUGAGGUUUUACUGAGGUCUUCUGUUUAUAGUUCUCCUAUUGACAUAUGGGCUGUUGGUAGCAUAAUGGCAGAACUCUACACACUAAGACCUCUUUUCCCAGGAACAAGUGAAGUUGAUGAAAUCUUCAAAAUUUGCCAAGUGUUAGGAACCCCAAAGAAGGGUGAUUGGCCAGAAGGAUACCAGCUUGCCACUGCAAUGAAUUUUCGCUUCCCUCAGUGUGUCUCACUAAACCUAAAGACUCUCAUUCCAAAUGCCAGCAAUGAAGCUGUACAGCUUAUGAGUGAUAUGUUGAACUGGGAUCCAAAGAAACGACCUACAGCAAGUCAGGCAUUGAAGUAUCCUUACUUUCAAGUGGGCCAGGUUUUAGGACCACCUCUACAGUGUCUGGAUCAGAAACUGUCUCAUCCCAAGUCAAUUCAGCUAAUGGAGCCAAAGCCAUCUCUACCCAAACUAGACCCUGUAUCAAAAUUAGAAUCUGUAUCUAAGCCAGAAUCUCAGUCUUCACCAGAUGCGCCUGACAAGUUUCAGCUGCAGUGUCUAUCAAAGAAUAACCAACACCCCCUCCAGCCAAUUCAGCUGCCACAGAAUGCAACCAACCAGCAACCAUCAAAACAACAGCAGCCACACUCAUUCCUUCCGGCCAUCAAUAAAAAUUCUUCACCAAAGCAAGUAGCCAUAGGACCUUCAAAUAGUGCUGUAGGCCUGAAAAACUGUCGGCGCCGGUGGGGACAGACUAUGUUAAAGACCAUGGAUAGUUGGGACGAUUUUGAUGACACAGAAUUUGGAAUUUCAUAUUCCAAGAAGCCCAGCAUUGCCAUGUUAAGUGAAAAGAAAACAAAGGAAUCUCUCUUUAGUGUUCCUGAGUCGAAGUCCCCCAUCUCUGGCCAGUCAGGAGGAGAAAACAAGGUUCUGAAGAGAAAUGACUCUGGAAUAUCAACUACAUCAGCAAAACAGUACUACUUAAAACAGUCAAGAUACUUACCUGGUGUAAACCCUAAGAAUGUCUCCUCAGGAGCAGUCAGUAAAGAAGGAUCCCAUGGUACCUGGAACAAUUCCUUAUUUUCAAAACCAAUAGCACCAAUUAGAGGUCUGUCUUUCAGCCGACUCAAUGCAGGAAAUCCUGGUUUUGUUGGUGCUGCUUAUAAUGCCCCUGGAGGAUAUAUCCCCUCCUUUCACAAAAAAGAGGUUGGUUCAGCUGGUCAAAGGAUACAACUAGCACCACUUGGUCCAUCAGCCACAGAAUAUGCAGAAUAUGCUUGGAAAACGAAAGCUGCCCGUGCUCAGUUACCAGGGCCUACAUACAAUACAGCUGCAAAAGGCAUGAACAUUUUAACUCGCCCACCACCGCCAGUACAACCAGUACAUGGAAGAACGGACUGGGUGGCCAAGUAUGGAGGGCAUCGGUAGAAGUGCUUUCUUAUUCCACUUAUGCUUACUGAGGCUGUUUACAUACUUUCCUUCAUUCUAGGACACUUUAAAACACAUUUCUACUAAUAGAAUAUCAAUUCUGGAAAGAACUGAGAGCCUGUAUUUUAUUAUC